AUGUGUGUUAUGAAGGAGCUAUCUGGCCCAGGGCAACCUCGUAGGGCCUUGCACAUCCCAUUAAAGUUAACAGAGCCAGUGCCUCGUGGCAGCCAGUGUAUUGGUGUGGUUUCCAGCCAGGAGGAGUCAGCUUGCCGUGGCCUGGAGCAGCUGCACCACGAGUCCUCUCACCCAGGACACACUGUGGCCCAGGAGUCUGAAGAGAAGGACCUGCUGGUGCAUGAAAAGGCCAUCCUAGAGAAGCGACUGGCAGCCAUGGAGCAGGAUGGACAAAGCCUGUCAGAGCAGCUGGCAGAGGCCAGGUCAGCAAAAGAGGCCCUGGAAUCCAGCCUGUUGGAGACUCAACACCGCCUGUCCCAGCUGGAGAUGGUCAAGAGUGACCUGGAAAUCCAGCUCCAUGCAGUGACACAAGUCAAAGAGGUGAUGGAAGACAUGGCACAGCAGCUCCUGCGGGCUGAACAACAGUAUGAAAAUAGCCUCAGGCUUUGGGAAACUGAGCACAAAGUAGAGAGAAACAAGCUCCUGCAAGACCUGCGUGAACAGGACAGACUGCAAGUGCUUACAGAAGAACUGAUACGGGAGAUAAAACUUCUGCAAGAAUCAGUCUUAGCCUCUGAAACCCAAGCAAAUGCAGCAACAGAGAUGAAUCACUGCCUUGAAAAAGAGCUUCAAGAUUCUUUGCCUCUCUUAAAAAUUAAAAAUGAGGAAGUAAAAACACAGUGGGAGAAAAUCCAGAUGCUCCAGAAAGAGGCAGCACAAGGAAAAGCUUUACAGGAGACCCUUGCUCAUAUGAGUGCCAUCCUCUUAGACAGGGAGGAAGAAAUCAAGUUGCACCAGGACCAGAAGAGAAUGCUGGAAAAGCAGACAGAAAUGCAUAAGGCUACUCUUGAUCAGGUUACAAAGGACACAUAUGAGAAAAACCACAAGAUGGAAUCCCAGCAAGAACAGAUACAGCAGCUGGAGAAGCUACGAGAAAAACAAAGCAUCACUGUGAGCAAGAUGAGCAAGGACCUGGAAGAGAGAGACAAGGACAUCAGAUCCCAGCAAGAACAGAUAUGGGAGCUGGAGAAGCAGGGAGAAAUGCAGAGGGCUGCUGUCAGCAAGAAGUUGAAGGAAAAAGACUUGGAGCUUAUGUCUCUGACUCAGCAGAUCCAAGAACUGGAAACGGAGAGACAACAGGCAAAAUCUCUGCACACAAGCCUUGAACACCCAAGGGCAGAACUUAAGGACAGAGAGAGGGAGUGUGAUUCUCAAAGGCGUCAGUUAAGACUCUUGCAGCAGUACAAGGAACAACAAGAGGGGCACCUACAAGAGUUUAAUGAUAACAUAGUUAAGAUGACACUUUCUUUGUCUAAAAAUGAUCAAGAGCUUCCAUCACAAGAAAAGCAAAUCCAGGAAGCAGAAGAAAUAAUGGAAAUGCAGUUGAGGACUGUCAUUGACCAACAGGAGCAGACCUUAGAAACCUUAAAAGACAAAGACAGACUUGAAGACAUCCAGAAGAAACAAACAAGUAGCUAUGAGGAAAAAACUGAAGAACAGAUGAAUGCCUUACACAGAGACUUGGAAUGCACUUCAGCACUACUGAAAGAAAAGGACUUAAUUAUUGAAUCUCAGGAGAAACUGAUCGAGACUUUUCAAAAACAUGAGGAAGACUCUAAACAGCAGAAGAAAAAUCUGCAGCAUCUUCAAGAGGUGCUACAGGAGAAAGAGCAAGAAAUUUUAUCCCUUAGAAAGCAAUGUGAGGCAUGCCAGGAAAAGGAGGAAAUGUUCCUCAAGCAAAUGAACAUUUUCCAGUCUAGUGAAGAAAGAAGGAAAGUAGCACUUACAUCGCACCAGAAGGAAGUGAGCCUUCUUCAGAAAAUGGUGAUGAAGAGAGAUGAAGACAUGGAAACUCUUAUGCAGAAACUCCAGUGCCAAGAAGAAGAACUGAAGACCUUGCAGAAUCUCCAGCUUAGGCUAACUGAGAAUGAAGAGGAAGAGUUAGAAGAGGAAAUAAAAGGUCUUGGAAAAGAUCUCCAGCAUGUUCAGCAGAGUCUGACAAUGAAUGAUGAAGAGAUCAAGUACCAGAGAGAGAGAGUCAGGUGUUUAGAGGAGACUCUGACAGCAAGAGAACAAGAGCUUAGGAAGCAGAGUCAACUCCUGAAACAAAUAACAUCGGCUUUGCGAUGGAAAGAUGGCACAAAGACCCUACAGAGACAAAUCCAGAGACUCCAAAAAUGGGAGGAAGAAGAAGCAAAGAAGAAGAAAAUUCUCCAGGAGAGAGACUGUUCCUUGCAAAGGCAGAAGGAGCUAACCCAACAGCUGGAAGCUGAGCGCAGAGCAAAGGGGGAAGAACUAGAGAGUAUAACUGUGAUUUUGAAGCAGACUGAAAGCAGAGAAGUGCAGUGGAAAGAGAAGGCAGAAGCUCUGGCUCUUGCCCUUGCCAACAGUGAAAUGGCCAACGGGGCGUUGCGGGCAGAAACGGCCGUGCUGCAGAGCAUGGUUCCAGAGAGGGACACAGACAGGUUUCCUCAUCAGGUGGAACGUGAACGAAGGAGACUGAGGAGAUACUGCAGAGGUCUGUCCCAGCCAGACACACAGACAUCUCUCUCUGACCAGAACAAGGUGAGAACAGACUCUGACUUAGUGGGAACAGGGUCUGGCCAUAUUGGGAACAAUGGCAAAGCCCAGUGGCAGCAGCACCAGUACAGACCUAAAAGAAGCUGA